AUGUCCCAAUUCACACACGCAGGUGGGAGAGUGGAUAAUAAUUUAGCUAUUGUCUUCCCGUGGAUUAUACAGGAUGUAUGGUAUGUGAUUGAACUUACCAUUUUGUUGGCAAUUAUGUUCGCCAAAGCGUCUUGGUGUGGGAUCUGUCACGGCAUGAGGAUGAGCGCCGCUCAUUGGUUGGCAGUCCUUCCCGGAGCUAGGAAUCAGGAUGCGCGUUGUCAAGUUGUUGUUUUGCACUUUUUUGGUGCAACUCGCAAGGUACCAAAGUGCAAGAUCGACGACAAAGUAGUCUACUCUCUUUAUAGAGACACGUCUAGCUCCUAA